AUGGUCUACACGAUCGUCGUUCACCUCCGCGCAAAACCCGACGAAGAAUCCAUCUCCAAACUGCACGCAAAACUCCUCGAAGCAUCCGCCGUCUACUCAAAGGACAAAGAAACCCUAUCCUGGUUCGUCAUGCAAUCCGUGCACGACAAGCAGGAUUUCACUAUCGUCGAGCGAUACCUGCAGGAGUCGUCGCAGGAGUAUCAUUUGAGUAAUCCUUAUUGGAAGACGUUUGAUCCUUAUGUUAUUCCUUUGCUAGAGAGGGAGAUGGAUUUGAGGAGGUUUGAGGAGUUGUAG